UGGGGGGUCUCGCGCCCGCACGUUCUGAUGGUGAAUAAUGUCCCCAAGCGAGGACUUGGCCAGCCUGGGGCAGUGUCCGCGGGAGGCCACGGGAGGCCCAAGGCCGCAGGGUCCCAUUCUUGGAGGACAGGGACUGUGACCACUAAGCUGGUUCCGGUGGCCUUCGCCUCGACUGACUCUGCACGAGAUUGUUCCCGCUUGUCUUGAGAGCAUUUUAGCUGGGAUACAGGCCCCUCCAGAGCAGCGGCGGCUGGUGGAGAAAUGGAGGUGCAUUCCUACUGUGACAAGCUCCUGGGGGAGUUGAAUGAGCAGCGGAAGAGAGACUUUUUCUGUGACUGUAGCAUCAUAGUGGAAGGGCGCAUCUUCAAGGCCCACAGGAACAUUUUGUUUGCAAACAGCGGUUACUUCCGCGCCCUGCUCAUUCACUACAUCCAGGACAGCGGGCGGCACAGCACCGCCUCCUUGGACAUCGUCACCUCCGACGCCUUUUCUACCAUCUUAGAUUUCCUGUACUCCGGGAAGUUGGAUUUGUGUGGCGAGAACGUGAUUGAAGUUAUGUCAGCUGCCAGCUACCUGCAGAUGAAUGACGUGGUGAACUUCUGCAAGACAUACAUCAGGUCGUCCCUUGACAUUUGCCGAAAGAUGGAGAAGGAAGCCGCCGCUGCCGCCGCAGCAGCGGUGGCCGCCGCCCAUCACGUGGACAGUGGAAGCCCGAGUUCGGGCCAGGAGGGGCCCCCCUGUGGUACCAAGAGCUUUGUCUCCUCUCCAGUGGAGGGAGAAGGGAGCGUAGACUGCACAAGAGCAUCCCCUUGCCAUGACUGCAGAGACUGCCACCCUUUGGAGCUGGUGGUGAAAGACGGCCAGGGCUCUGGCUCCUCUGAUGGUGAUCUCUCUGCUCUGCCCAGACGGAUAGAGCCAAAGGUGGAGUUUGAUGCCACAAGACCGGAGGUGGAGGUUGGUGGGCAGCUGCAGCAGUAUGCUUCCCCCCUGGGUCUGACUCACGCGGAGGAGGGUCUGCCCAGUAGCCAGACCAUGGACUUGGCGUACAGUAACUACCAUGUGAAGCAGUUCCUGGAGGCUCUCCUACGCAAUGGCGCAGUACAGAACAAAGAUGACACUGACCAUCACUUUUCUCGAAGUCUGGAGGGACGACCGGAAGGGGCAGGAGUGGCCAUGAGUUCUGUGAUGGAUGUUCAGAGUGACUGGUAUGGAGAGGACGCAGGUGAUGUGCUGGUGGUCCCCAUUAAGCUCCACAAGUGUCCUUUCUGCCCUUACACUGCCAAGCAGAAGGGCAUCCUCAAGCGACACAUCCGCUCACACACGGGGGAGCGGCCUUACCCCUGUGAGACCUGUGGCAAGAGAUUCACAAGACAGGAGCACCUGCGGAGCCAUGCCCUGAGUGUGCACAGAUCCAACCGUCCGAUUAUCUGCAAGGGCUGCCGGAGAACCUUCACAAGCCACCUGUCUCAGGGGCUGCGGCGCUUCGGGCUCUGUGACAGCUGCACCUGUGUGACGGACUCUCGCGAUGACGAUGACGACCUGAUGCCCAUCAACCUUAGCCUGGUGGAGGCCUCGUCCGAAAGUCACGAGAAGAGUGACACAGAUGACUGGCCAAUCUACGUGGAGUCCGGCGAGGAGAACGACCCCACUACGGAGGAUUCCAACGACAAGCCACAAACUCGGCCCAACUUUCCAGACCGAGAGGCCCUCACGUAGCAGUGAAUGAGUGAGGGAGGUGGUUUACAGUGUGUUAUUGCUUGUUCUAUGGCGAAAGCCACCAUGUGUUUGAUUUUGUGGAACCCUAAGAGGAACAUUUUUUCUAUUGUUAUACUUGCAUUUUUGUUAGUUUACUUGGUGGAUGUUCAAUGUUGUGACUCACAAAGCUGAUAACUUUUUUUGUGUGGUACCUGAGCCCUUGCAUUCUGAGGGCUGUGCUGGCCUCUCCUUGAUUCUGAGUGAUUCAAGGUUGUCCCCAAGGCUUCCUGAUUUUCUUGCUUACAUCCAGACUAGGGGUAGGAAGAAGAUAAGAAAGUCUCCAUGCUUGUUUUCACACAGUCUCAGUCCUCAGCAGUCUUUUGUCAUUGUCUUUCUCUGAAAAGGUGGGCAAGAAUAUGUAAAGUCUGGGGUCAGUCUUUCCUGUGCCAGGCUCUCCUAAUGAAUUACAUAUUUCAGUUUCCCAGUAUAGUGUUAAAAGGAAAGGAAAGCUUCAUUGAUAGAAAGCAGGCAGGUGCUGAGAAAAUGGGUCAGCAGUUAAAGGCACUUGCUUGCAAAGCCUGCCAGCCUAGAUUCAAUUCCCAGGGCCCAGAAGAGUGGUGCAAGCAUUGGGCAUUGGUUUGUAGCAAUGAGAGGCCCUGACACACCUGUACAUAUAUGCAUAUGCAUAUGCACCCACGUGGAAAGAAAGAAAGGAAGAGAUCUAGCAAGUGAACAAGCAGGGCUCUUUUGGGCCACAUGGUCAUAAGAGGUGCUCUAAAUCAGAGACUGCACUUGUAAAAGGCUGGAGCGUUUAUGUAGACAACCACAGAGAUGUGCCGGGAAGCUCAUUGCAGGCCCCUCCCUUGCCCAGUUGAGCUAAAUCUUACAUAAACCCCCAAAACAGAGCCGUGAAAAAGACGGUUUCUCUGUCUGUUUUGGUAUUUGACAGUUUCACACACACAGAUACACUGUUGUAAGAUCAUAAAGCAAGCUUUUUUGGACAAAACUCAAAAUGCUGUCUGCUUUAUCCAACCAUUUUCAAAAAGUGUUUCAGUGCCCUCAUGAUGUGCUUUUACUUAGUUACAAUUAUUAUGUCUAGAACUUUUUUUAAUUGAAUUUCUUUUCAUGUCAUUGUCCACUCUAGCCCAAACUGAACUUGAACUCACUCUGUAGCCCCAGGCUGACCUCAAACUCAUGGCAGUUCUACCUCAGCAUCCCAAAUUCUGGGAUUAAAGGUGUAUGCCAUGUUCAGCUCUAUGGAGGGGCAACACAAAACCAUCCAAACAUGUUAUAUUCCUAAAUUGUUUAGCUUUUAGAAGACCCUCUUGUAGGAAGGAGAGGUUAGCUGAACAGGGUUUGCUUCUUUGAGACUGGGUUUCAUGUAUACUAGGCUGGCCUCACACUUGCUGUGAACCUGAUUAGGACGGCCUUGGCCUCUGAUUCUCCUGCCUCUUAGCUUCCCAGUGCUGGGAUUAUAGGUGAGGGUCACCCAGCUUAGAACAGGUUUGAAAGCCAGCCUCUUUUUCCACUUACUGUGGUCAUACAAUCGUUCUAACAAAGCAGGCUGGAGUUCACUGAAGAGUAACAUGGUAGGCAGUCUAGAGGUGAUGGAUGCACUUAACAGCACUUUCAUAGACUUUCCUAAGUUAAGUAUCCAAAAUGGAUAUUAAGAGAAAUUUCUCUCCCCCCCCCCAUUAACUUCUGUACAGUUUGCUUCCAAAGGCUGUAAAGUCACUUGUCUUUCUGCCUCUUGAACAUUAACAACAGCAAGAAAAUCAAAU